AAGAAAAAUAAAAAAGAGAGAAGUUAAGGAAGCGAGAGGAGAACUUGACCGGAAGCGGGGGGUACACUCCCAGCUCUGGCUCUGGGGGGGAAGAGAGAAAUCCCCGGGUGAGCAUCUGGGUCUGAGCUGACAGAAAUGGAGGGGAGAUCGCUACGGCAGGGUAUUUGCAAGAUCAUGUUGCUGUUCUUGUUUGGCGUGGUCUUUACCUGGAUGCUGAUGGGAAAAGAAGACGAGCCGCCGGUGGUGGAGGAGGUGGUGGUGCCAACACCAGAUGCCGCCGCUGCAUAUUGGAGGAAAGUCGGGGUUGAAUUUGCUGAGGAAAUUGGGGUCUCUUGGUUUGCAUCUCGGAUCCGCCGUGGCACAUGCCCACCGGUGCGUCGUGCAAGAUGCACGAAGGUCGCGGAGAAGUUUUCGGUGGUCAUUCCAGCACACAUUGAUCAAGAUUCAAUGGCAAAAAGCACUUGGCCAAGCACGGCCUUGGAGCGGGUUGUGCAAAGUCUUGCAAACCAAGAGCGGUAUUGCCCAGCCGAGGUCAUCUUUGUCUUGUCUAAUGUGUCGUCGCACAGGCUGGCGACCGAGCUUCGAAGCUGCUUGCGGGAGGCCUUUAAGGCGAGCAGGAUACUUUCUGAGCUGCGGAUUCUAGUGCGGCCCGGCAUACACUUUGCUGGGGCCAAUCGCAACGCAGGGGCAGACGCGGCGACUCGCCCGUUUAUCGUGCUUUCUGACGGCGACGAUAUGUGGCACCCGCACAAGAUGGAGCACCUGGUCAACACUGUGGAUGAGGAGACAUUGAUCCUCACGCAUACGUUUCUGUUGGUGCAGCGCAACUCGCCUUGGGUACCAGCCAACUGGAACCUUAUCGAGCCGCCGACUGUCAUUGACCACGCCAAUACGGGAUUGGGGUUAAUUCGUCCAAAUUGCUCGAGGCCUGCCUGCUAUUAUGCUUGUCACGGGCAUGCGGUCGUGCGCCGCAGCAUUUGGAAUGCCACACGACCACGGGAAGACUUGCGCUUGGGCGAGGAUGCAGAGUUUCUUGUCCGAGCUUAUCGAUAUUGGGAAGCUCGCUUGCCGGCCGACACGAAGUUUUUCCGCCACAUUAAUGCGUCCUUGAUUGCGUAUUUUGCGGACUGGCAGUUUCGUCACGUCUAUAUCGCCUAUCCCCUGUCCGCGUAGCCUUUUGCGAUUGGUGCCGAGAUGCGGUCUAUUAUACUCGUUUAGUGUUUUUGAUUGGCAUGUGCAUUAACUCGGGGACUCUUACGCCUGGGUUGUGAAAUUUCAGAACAACAAAGGCGGUCCGAGUGAACCCCCAAUUGAACCUUAGUCUUG